CCUCUGGCUGCCCUCGAACUCAUAAAGAUCCGUCUGCCUCUCCUUCCCCAGUUUUAGGAUUAAAGGCGUACACCACUACACCUUGCAAGCAAAGUUCAGGUCUUUGUGAACUGUGGAGUCUUGUCAGUUUAUAGAUACAUGAUUGUGCAUUUUGUGUAGCACCGGCACCUUUUUGGUAGUGAUGUGGGAACUCUUACCUUGAGUGGGCAAAGAUGUGUGUGAUCGAUGAUAGGCGUGACAGGCAUAAAAGCCUAUUUUGAUGGUGUACGCCCGGAGCAGUUGAAAACACUGAUUUGACAAACCACGUCUCCCUGCAGGUGACUAGCAUGCAGAUACUCGCACCCUGACUUGGCUGCCUGACCACUGACAUGGCCCACCGGGGUGGGGAGAGGGACUUCCAGACUUCAGCUCGGCGGAUGGGUACUUCCCUGCUCUUCCAACUUUCCGUGCAUGAGCGGGAGCUGGACCUCGUGUUUUUGGAUCAUAGCUAUGCCAAACCAUGGAGUGCCCACCCAGAUGCCAGUAGUGCCCGCCCCACCCGCAUGCUCUUUGUAACUCCCCGUCGGCAGCAGGAGAAUACUAUUGAAUCAGACGUUCCAAUAGAUGUGGAGACGGUCACAUCAACUCCUGUCCCACUCUAUGACAACCAGAAGGCACGGAGUGUGAUGAAUGAGUGUGAACGGCAUGUCAUCUUCGCCAGGACAGACGCAGAUGCUCCUCCUCCACCAGAAGACUGGGAAGAACAUGUCAACAGGACUGGCUGGACCAUGGCUCAGAGCAAGCUGUUUAACAAGAUCCUCAAAGCCCUGCAGUCUGACCGGCUCGCCCGCUUGGCCAAUGAAGGGGCUUGCAACGAGCCUGUGCUGCGUCGUGUUGCUGUGGACAAGUGUGCAAGAAGGGUGCGACAGGCUCUGGCAAGUGUGAGCUGGGACACCAAGCUGGUCCAGUGGCUGCAUACCACCCUUGUGGAGACCUUGAGUCUGCCCAUGCUGGCUGCCUACUUGGAUGCUUUGCAGACACUGAAGGGGAAGAUCCCAACUUUGAUCGACCGGAUGCUCGUGUCAUCCAACACAAAGACUGGGGCUGCAGGAGCCGAGGCCUUGUCACUCCUCCUCAAGAGGCCCUGGGACCCAGCCGUUGGUGUGCUUUCUCAUAACAAGCCAAGCAAACUCCCUGGCUCUCCUUUGAUUCUCAUCGCCUCCUCUGGUCCCUCCAGCUCUGUGUUCCCCGCCUCCCGCCGCCACCGCUUCUGGCAGUCGCAGCUGUCCUGCUUGGGCAAGGUCAUCCCUGUAGCCACCCAUCUGCUGAACAAUGGUAGUGGGGUAGGAGUUCUGCAGUGCCUGGAACACAUGAUUGGCGCCGUGAGAAGCAAAGUGCUGGAGAUUCACAGCCAUUUCCCACACAAACCCAUCAUCUUGAUUGGAUGGAAUACAGGAGCCUUGGUGGCCUGUCAUGUGUCUGUGAUGGAGUACGUCACUGCCGUUGUCUGCCUUGGGUUUCCUCUGCUUACUGUGGAUGGCCCCCGGGGGGAUGUAGAUGAUCCCCUCUUGGACAUGAAGACUCCAGUCCUCUUUGUCAUUGGUCAGAAUUCUCUACAGUGUCACCCUGAAGCCAUGGAAGACUUCCGGGAAAAGAUUAGAGCAGAAAAUAGCUUGGUGGUGGUGGGAGGAGCUGAUGAUAAUCUCAGAAUAAGCAAAGCAAAGAAGAAAUCAGAAGGGUUGACUCAAAGCAUGGUGGACAGAUGUAUCCAGGAUGAGAUUGUGGACUUCCUGACUGGAGUGCUCACUCGUGCUGAGGGGCAUGUGGGUUCUGAGCCUCGGGAUCAGGACGCUGAGAAGAAGAAGAAGCCCCGAGACUUGGCCCGAAGAGACUUGGCCUUUGAAAUUCCUGAGCGAGGCAGUCGGCCUGCUUCCCCAGCUGCCAAGCUGCCCACCUCCCCCUCGGGCUCAGAGGAUCUCUCCAGUGUGUCCAGCAGCCCCACCUCUAGUCCUAAGACCAAAGUGACCACGGUGACCUCUGCUCAGAAGUCCAGUCAGAUUGGGGCUUCCCAGCUGCUGAAAAGACAUGUGCAGAGGACAGAAGCUCUACUGACCCACAAACAAGCCCAAGCACAGUUUGCUGCUUUUCUGAAACAAAACAUGCUGGUGAGGAAAGCUUUUCCUCCCGGCGCCUCCUCCUGUCUCUUUGUUCCCAUUUCAUCAGAACCCAUGGAAGAGGCAGAGAAAGAGGAGCUUAGGGUCCAGCUGAAGCGGCACCAUCCUUCCAGUCCUCUUCCUGGCGCAAAGCCCUCCAAGCGACCAAAGAUCAAGGUGUCCCUGAUCUCCCAAGGGGACACAGCUGGAGGGCCUUGUGCUCUUUCUCAAGGUGGAACACCUGAAGCCCCUGGGGGGAAACCCAUCACCAUGACGCUGGGAACUUCCUCAGGAGCCAAGGAACUCACUGGACUUCUCACCACAGCCAAGUCAAGUUCUUCUGAAGGUGGAGUUAUGGCCAGCGCAGCCCCAUCUGUGGCUUCCAGCAGUGCCACACCCAAUGCCAUCCACACACUGCAGAGCCGCUUGGUGGCCACUUCUCCUGGCAGCUCUCUUCCAGGGGCUACUUCAGCCAGCAGCCUCCUCCAAGGCCUCAGCUUCAGCUUACAGGAUAUUAGCAGCAAGACCUCUGGCCUCCCAGGAAGUCCCUCUCCAGGGCCAGCCCCACAGGCCGCCAGUGUGAAAUUGCCAGCCCCCAUGCAGAACCUGGGUGCCAUCACCACAGGCACAAGCACCAUCGUCCGUACCAUUCCUGUGGCCACCACUCUCUCCUCCUUGGGUGCCACUCCUGGUGAGCCCACUGCUAUCCACCAGCUGCUGACCAAUGGGGGCCUCGCUAAGUUGGCAAGCAGCCUACCUGGUUUGGCUCAGAUUUCUAACCAAGCAUCAGGCUUAAAGGUCCCGACCACCAUUACUCUGACACUUCGUGGCCAGCCAAGCAGAAUCACCACGCUAAGUCCUAUAGGCUCAGGAGCAUCCGAGGAACCCACCUCUCAGAUGCUGCCCUCUAGCUCACAGCGCCUGCCUCCAGCACCCUGAAUAUGCCAGCGAUCUGUCCUCCUUACCAGGAGAACAGCUUGAACGGCACUGGAGGGGCUGCUCCUGAGAGAUGCUGCCCCUGUGUUGUGGAACCAAAGAAAACCUGUACCCUGCUUUGGUGGUGAAUCUAUGUA